UUGUUAUCGUCUCCAUCAUCUAUUAUCUUCGAGCCUCUUGGCAAGCUUCGACACACUGCAUUGUUCGUAGAGAAUAGAUACCUAGAGAUUAUUUUAAUGAUGUGUCUCCCACCACUGCCCCAUUUUCGCAUCGAGCUUCAAACUCACCAACGAUAGGCUCAGGAAGCUAUUCGCACUCAACACAUCUCAUCACACAGAUACUAACAACGCAAGCGUUGCAUAUCCCACAACCCCUUACACAUAUGAACCUUACCAUCUUCUCGCUCGCAGUCCUGGCUACUGUGUUAGGAACCACAGCCCUCGCGAUCACGAAGCUGCCACUUGAGGUUGAGCGCGAAGGAUACCACGACAGUGGUCGCUGCUCCAUGGAGGGCCUCCUCAGUGGGCGAAUCAAGACCACGGACUUUGACGACUCGCUAGAAUCGCACUGGUGCAACUACCCCGGCAUGAAAUACAAGUUUGCGGGCCCAGGGUCCUCGCUCAAGCUCAGCAACUGCCUCGCCAACGUCAAUGGGAAGCUGGUCUGGAAGAGCCAAGGAGGGGCAAUGCAGACCUGCACAAGCUGCAGACUCCAGGACCGCAAGUCCCCCUACCUUUCCUGUUCGUGCGAUGACGGCUUUGGCCGCUCAAUCGACAGCGGCGUCAUCAACCUCAACGAGCACAUCUACGUCGACGAUGCAGAUGGUGUCCUGGCCUGCUUUGGCAUCAGGGGCACAAUCACAACUCCGGCUAUUUGAGGGCACAUGCAGUUGAAGGAGGGAAUGUGUGCCCACCAUCGAUAGGGAGCUCGGUCUAACUUUAAUCUAAUUUCGGU